AAUAAUUACCUAUCCUUUUGUGAAGACUAUAUAAUUCAUAAUGCGGGAAAUUUGCAAGUUACGCGCGGCGCGAUCGAUCUUCCGAUCAAGACUAACUCAAAGUCAAAUUUCAAAAUCACCAGCCUCAAUAUUUGACAGUCAAAAUGAGCUUAUGGGUGGACAAACACAGACCAACAUCAUUAUCCAAGCUCGAUUAUCAUAAGGAGCAAGCAUCAAAUCUGAAAAAGUUGGUGCAAUCAGGUGAUUUCCCUCACUUGAUGGUGUAUGGGCCAUCGGGUGCAGGGAAGAAGACCAGAAUUAUGUGUGCUCUAAGGGAGCUGUAUGGAUCAGGAGUAGAAAAACUUAGAAUUGAACAUCAAACGUUCAUGACACCAUCAAAAAGCAAAAUUGAAAUCACUACAAUUGCUAGCAACUACCAUAUUGAAGUCAAUCCAAGUGAUGCAGGGAUCUAUGACCGUAUUGUGAUUCAAGAUUUGAUCAAGAAUACAGCUCAAUUUCAACAAAUGGAAACAUCUUCACAAAGAGACUUCAAAGUUGUGGUGUUAACAGAAGUGGACCGUUUAACCAAAGAUGCACAGCAUGCAUUGCGUAGGACAAUGGAGAAGUAUACUUCGACGUGUCGACUUAUACUAUGUUGUAACUCAACUAGUAAGGUCAUUCCAGCCAUCCGCAGUAGAUGUCUUGGGGUCAGGGUGGCAGCGCCUUCUGUUGCUGAGAUCACCCAGAUCCUCCAGAAUGUGUGCAAGAAAGAAGGAUUGAAUCUCCCUUCAGAGCUUGGCAAGAAGAUUGCUGAAAAAUCAGAAAGAAACCUCAGGAAAGCCAUCCUAUCAUGUGAAGCAUGCAAAGUACAACAGUAUCCAUUCAGUGCUGAUCAGGACAUCCCUGAAGCCGACUGGGAGAUAUUCCUAAGAGAAACGGCCAAUCAUAUCAUCCAACAGCAGAGUCCUCGGCAGCUACUAGAGGUCAGAGGUCGUAUGUAUGAACUCUUGACCCACUGCAUCCCACCUGAUGUUAUCCUCAAGGGACUUCCGGAGCUCCUGAAGAAUUGUGACGGUCAACUGAAGACGGAGAUUACCCAUCAGGCCGCUUUCUACGAGCAUCGUAUGCAGCAGGGUAGCAAGGCUAUCUAUCAUCUUGAAGCAUUCGUUGCUAAGUUCAUGAGCAUCUACAAGAGGUACCUUGAAGAAGGAUUUGAAGCCAUGAUGUUCUGAAUGUAUUGAUAGAUAGAUAUUCAUGACCCCUAAAUCUGCUGAGAGCAUGACAUGGAAAGAAGUAUAUGGGACCGGACAAGUGACCUCUUGUAU